AUGGCAGCAGCUGCUGCUGAUGUGCAGGGUGUUGAAAAGGAAACACCUUUGAUGAUUGCUGCUGCAGAUGGCCUAACUGAUAACCUGGAGUGCUUAGUUCAGGCUCGGGCAGAUCCUAACCCUCUUGACUGUUUGGGGCAGACUCCUCUAGAAAUUGCUGCACGUUUCAGCAGCCGGAAAGAUGUUGAAAUACUAUUUCCUGUCACUUCUCCUAUAGUGGGUGUGAGUGAUUGGAGUGUUGAUGGAAUUAUCGAUUACAUGAAAUCAGUUCCCCUAGCCAAGGUUGAUGAUGUGCAUAACGCAAGGCUUGCUGGUGGAAAAUUUCAAGGACGCGAGGCGGUCAAGAACAAAGACUAUCUUGCUGCAACAAUAAUUUACACUGAGGCGAUGGAUCUUGACCCUGAUGAUGCAACCUUGUUCUCGAAUAGGAGCCUUUGUUGGUUUCACUUGAGUGAAGGGAAGAAAGCUUUACUGGAUGCUCAGGCUUGCAGGGCAAUGCGAUCUGGCUGGGCAGAGGCCUUCUAUCGUGAAGGUGCUGCUCUAAUGCUACUGAAGGUGGGGUCGAAUGGUCGGAUUAUCACUUAUGUAUUUUCUAUGACAAAUGGCUUCCCAUACUAA